AUGGGCAACCACCCGUCGCAUCCGUCGGUUCCUCUUGAUGGCUAUUUGGCGGUAAGGGCCUCCAUAGAGGCCCGCUUACCGCCUCCCCCUUCUGGCCGUCAAUCGGACCGAACAGCUGCCGCUGCUGCUACAGGUUGCUGGGGGCCCACUGACGGACAGCAGCAAACGAUCACCUCUGAGGGGAAGCAGAAGCAGCAGCAGCAGGAAAACUUAACUACUCGAGAGUCUGCGAAGUCUAGUGGCUCCAUACUUCUUGAACAGGGAAAUUCAGGGUCUGUCCUGCCCCCUACCCUCAGCGUAGCCGAAACCACCGACACCAACUCCGAUGGGGCCCCUGAUGAGUUCGAAACAGCAGCAGCUGCAGAUGAGCUCUUGGGGGGCCCCUCGCAGUCCUUCACCAGGGAGAGAGCACCACAUGUAAGGGCGCAGUCACCGCUGCCGUUUCCUUCUAUGGCGCACUGCUCACCGACGGUUUCGAGGAGAACGGAACCUGAGAAUAACCAACAGCAGCAACACCAGCACCAGCUGCCGCUGCAGCGAGAUAUCAGCAGCAGCAGCAGCUGCAUCAGCAACCGCAGCAGCAGCAAUGACGGCGGUGCCACAUGCAGGACACAGAGGGUAUAUGCUGUGAACGCGUUUCCCAGCCCUAGCAGCAGGCCGAAGCAGCUAAACGCAGCCCUAAUCGCAUCCACAGAAACCCACAUACUCCCGCAGGGUACUGCUGACUCUGGCGCAGCUGGAGCCUCGGUCAGGGCCCCCGAUGGCCGCUUUGGGGGGGCCCCGGGGGCCUCCGGUGGGGCGGGUCCUGCGACAGGCGUUAGGGGGGCCCCUGAGAAACAGCGUGCGGGUUCCCUAGUUGUGCAAGAGGAGGACCAUGAGAUGUUUUGCCCUCUCUCGCCGAACUCAGCCCUGGGGUCGUGUACUCCGAGGAAGAAUUCGAAUAGAGGAGCAUCAAAGACGAAGGGGCAGACGGUUGCUGCAGGUGCAGGGGUUGACAGUCUGUAUCAGGACUCAUCUUCAGGGGGAGCCGUAUCCUAUGGGCCCGCGUGUAAUCAUUUUCCUUUUCUCGAGGGCAGGCCGCUGCAGGUGUUGCUGCCUUUUCUCUUUGGGCGGCCGUUGGGGGCCUGCAUGGGUGUGUGCGUGCACUGGUUUAUGAAGAUAAGCAACGGGCUUGCUGAGAUGUGUGCCCCCGUAGUGAAAGGUUUCGAGGCGUCUUAUGGGGAAUACCUCGCGCCUGUGAGCGCCACAGUGAAGCUGCAGGCGCUGCAUACAACGCAAGGGAACGACGUCCGCCUGGAUUGGGUGAUCACAGCGAGGGUGUUGCCCGCUUGUGCGAAUUACGUCUUGUCCUUGGGUUAUAAUUUUAAAUAUCGCCAUCCGUAUUCUCUCGACCAGUGGCAUAUACCUCCCCGUUCUGCAGGACGGGAUAAGAGGACGGCAGCUGACUUCGGCUCGCGUCGAGCUGAGGGGUCUUCCUUCUCCCGCAGAUCUUCGCUGCAUACAGCUUCAGGGGGAGGACAUAGUCCAUCGGUUAUCAUACGGCCUCCCAGCAGGGUUUUGGGGGAGUCUGCAGACCAAUAUCGCCGAGAAACGCCGUUGUUUUCCGUCGCAGUUGCGCGUGCUGGCAGCAAGCGGCGUUUGUGGCUGCACCGGGACAUGUGUAGAUUUCACGGAGAUGAGACGGGGCAGGCUGUGCUAACUCACCUGGGCCCUGUAUGUGUAGGGGAUUUCAUUGAAAUUCCUGUUGUUCUGUGUAACGGUAUAGGGGCGGCUGAUGUAUCAUCUAUUCGCUGGCUGCCCCCGAACCUCGUCAGGAGGGCGCCGAGGAUACUCUCCGGGCCCAAAGCUCUUGAGGCCGCAUCUCAGGGUUUGUAUGAAGGAUGCAGCUUGGAAAUGCAGUACCUUGAAUGGUUUGACGGCGAUCAGUACCGCCAUAUGACCACAGAAAGAUUAAAGAGGGCUGAAUGCAUGGAGCCGCAAUUGCAUCAUGAAUCCACCGCUUACUCAGGCAUUGAUCUGCUCGUCCGGCGUUGUCUGUAUCGAGCUGCUCAUGAGGGCUUGGUCGGACCAACCGCCCAGAGAGCUUGGGGCCUGCAGUGCAAAGUGGUGCCGCAGGAUGCACCUAUCGUGUUCCCCCUAACACGUAGAGGCCUCUUGCACGACAGGGGGGAGUGGCUCCAGCAGCUGAAGCGUCUGCAUGAGAUCGCUCGCCCUGCAGCAACAGCAGCAGCAGCAGCAGCAGCAGCAGCAGCAGCAGCAGCAGCAGGAGGUACAGCAGCAGCAGCGGUAGCAGGUCCACCAGCUGCAGCAGCGGUUGAACUAGUUGCUUACUAA